AUGUCCGUCCAACCGUCCUCAGCGCAUGCCACUCCAACGCGCAAAACUCCCGGCGUCUCCUCCACACAUCCUAAUACGCCAAACAUCCAACCACCUCCGUCACAACAGGACGAGGCCACCUCCGAUCCAAAAGUCGCACCUACAUUCCCUCCUCCACAGACAUUUGAUAUCCUCCCGCCUCUUCACGCGCUCUUGGCUCGUCUCCUUUCAAACCCAUCGACCAGCUUUGCUACAGGCCAGCCGGGGGAAUCAGGCCUCUCUCAAUCUACGGAACAGACACCCGGCGGUGGGAUCGCGUCACUGGAUGGCCUGGAUCCGAAGUCGUUGCUUACAGGAGCUAGUGCGGUCAAGAUACGAAUUCAAAAGGCGAGGAACGCUGUUGAGGAGUUGCCGGAUAUAGACCGAACGAUUGCUGAGCAGGAAGAGGAGAUUCAGCAGUUAGAAAGGAGGAUUGCGAAACUUAAGGGAGUUAUGGAUGAGUUUAGAGUGAGGAGUGAGAAGCUUGUGGGCGGCAUAUGA